CCUCUGCGCAUAAAAUCAGUCGACUCUUCCUCUUUUAUAUCUCUUUCCCUCCAUUUCAACUCAUUCUCAUAAACAAAAUCACACACAAUGGUUGCUCCCCGCUCACGUCCUGGUCCAAAUAUGCGCCGAAGGGCUUACGUCCGGCCGUGGUACGUGACCGCGACCGAUAUCGCUCAUCGGUGCACUGUGCUCGCGCUCGUCGGCGGAACCUUGUACUACACCGCGUUCACCUUCCGCAUGCUCUACUUGAACCACAAAUACAGAAAAGCUGAUGGAGAAGAACGGAAACGAAUGGACGAGAUGAGAAAUGCUCAACAACUCCCGGAGCCAGUGAAGGAAGCGACAGAGUAACCAGUCAGCCUGAUCUAUCCCAUCAUUCACGCAAACACAACGACAAAAAUCAUUUACAAACAACCUGUCGAGGCCAGUAGCAUCACAAUCGGCCUCUUACGCUUGCUUUCAUUCAAUUCUUUUCUCUUCUUUUUCCCUGUUCUUGUCUAUACUUGGGAUCAAUUCGUCUGGCGUCAUUUCGUUACGAGUUUUCUUUGGUUUUGUAAUAUAUUUUUACAUUUAUUUCUGGUGCAGGUCCGUUGUGGACGUCGACUCGUAGCUGGCGGAUAUUUGAAGAGUUAUUUGAAGAGCUGUGAAGACAUAUGAAGACAGAAUAGCCUGGGUGGAUUGAGGAUGAUGACGGAAGUAGAUCAGUGCUUUGUCUGGUCUCUCAGUCUGCCUGUCCUGCAAUUAGUCUCUGCUGCUUUACACGAUAUCACUACUUUUGUACAUACAAUUAAAUCCUCCAUACUUCCAUCUGUAUUGUAUUGUAUUGUAUUGUAUUGUAUUGUAU